AUGGGAGUUGACGUUGAGACUAUUUCGCCUGGAAACGGUAAUACCUAUCCAAAACCUGGUCAAACAGUGGUUGUCCACUAUACUGGAACAUUAGAGAAUGGAAAGAAAUUUGAUUCUUCCAGAGAUCGGGGGCAACCUUUCAAAUUUACACUAGGCAAAGGGGAUGUUAUUAAAGGCUGGGAUCAAGGAAUACCCAAGAUGUGUGUGGGGGAAAGAGCUAGAUUAACAUGUUCACCUGACUUUGCAUAUGGAUCACGAGGACAUCCUGGAGUAAUUCCACCAAAUGCAACUUUAAUAUUUGAUGUAGAACUUCUUAAAGUUGUAUAA